AUGGAAGUCCUAUAAAAAAUACUCAAAACCCAGGGAACCAAUGUAACUGCCAUUGAUUUGGAGUUCAAGUAUUUUCAUCCUUAAUCUAUCCAGAUAAAUCUAGAAUUUGGAAGAACUCAUGCCUCAAUUAGCGAACUUUAGCAAUUUAAAAGAAGUACUUAAUCCCUCUAAGAAUUAAGCUCAAUCUAAAUGGAAAUCGUCUAUCUAAUUUGCCUGAUGAUUUGGGAUUGCUUGAUACAGUCGAAUUCUUGUGUCUGACAAACAACAUCUUUACCGAUGUAACUUUAUUUAAUCUUAAAUCAUAAUUAGCUAGGACAAGUAGUGGAAGCUUUAUAAACCAUGCCCAAUCUAAUUUAACUUGAAAUAAGUCUAUCUUCCAAAGAAGAGGAGCAAUUCAUUAUUGAAUCCCUUCCAAAUCUAUUAAUUUUGAAUUCCUAGAAAAUCAAUUAGGACUAAGAACCUGUUGAUGAAACUUCAGAAUAGCAAAGUCAACAACCAUCAGAGAGAUCCAUGAGUGCUCAGUAGGAAAUUACCCUCUAAUAAUAUGAUCUUGAAUAAAUGGCAGUACUAAUAAUAACUAUCCUAGAUAUUAUACGAUAACAUUAGAGAGUAUAAAAAAGAUGAACAAGAUGAUAAGCUUUUCGAUUAAUAAAUUAGAACUAUCAUGUUAGAUUUAUAAUCUAAGGUGAAGUAAAAUAACCCAGAUCAUUUAACAAAUUUAUAUAUCUUAACAGUAUCAAUAUAUUUUAAUGUAGGCUAAAUAUAAUUUAUAUGAAAUUUGUUUUAAAUCAAUUCUAAAAUACUUCAAAUCCAAUGAAAAGAAGUUAGAUAUCAUAUUUACUAAAAUUCACGAUAUGCAUUUGUCAAUCUUUAAUGAUAUGAGCAAUGUAAUAUAGAAUGUAAAAUCAUCUUCCAAAAAUACUUCACAAAUAUAGAUUAACUAAAAACAAUUGGAUUUAUCCUAAUAACAGUAACCAGACAAAAGUGUUGAAAAUAGACUCCGAUUGGAAUUGAAAGAAUUGCAGUCAAUAAAUAAUGAAUUGGAGAAAGAAAAUAAAAAAUAUUUAGAUUUAUUGAUAAAGCAUUCUAAGGGUGAAAAGGUUUCAUUGCCAAAUAGCGAAAAUACUUAGAAAUAAAGUGAUGCGUAUCAAACAUAGCAUUUCACAAAGAAUUUACAAUAACAAAAUACUUAAUAGUACAACAAUCAAAUAUUUUCAUCAAAAUAGUCAUAGUAAGUGAACUCUAUACCAUAAUAAGUUAAUGUUAGAAAUUUGACUCUUAAAUAAUUGAAGGAUGUCAUAAAUGAAAUUUAUGAAAGUAAACAAAAAUUUGAUUAAAAGUGUUCUGAAUCUAAAUUGCCCAGAGAAACUAUGGAAUAGCAUAUGUAUACAUUUUUAAAUCAGAAAUAUGGACUUAAGAAUCUCAUUAUUGAAUGGGCAACUUCUAUAAUAAAUUCUCUUAAGAAAUAUGCUGCUGAUGACAAUGACAUAGCUGUGUUUGGUAAGAUUUUAAGGAAUGAGUGUGAUGAAGAAUUUCGAUUUGUCUAAACUCAGGUGAAGAACACUAUGCAGGAAUUAUUAAAGGUAUUUAGUAAUUUGAUGAUAAUUUUAGAUGUAUUUAAGAGGAAAGCACCCUUUGAAACAUCAGGCUGAAAUUAAAGAGAUGCUUAAUUAAAGAAUCAAUGGAUAAUUAUAUGAAGAGGAGGCCGUGGACAUUAUUAAAUACAUGUACAAUUAAGAGGACUCAGAAUUAUUGUUGGAUAAAUUGAAGCAAUAUUAUAUUGUACCACAGAAACCUAAUGAUCGAAGACUCACGAGAGAAGAACAAUUAAUGUUAUUACAAGAGAAGGAUAAAUACAUGUUAGAAUAUUAGGUUUUCCAGAAAAUAAUUUUGGAUUUUUAACUCAAAUCUCAUGAAAAGUAUUUAAAAAAGUUCAUUGUAAUUUUCAAAGAAAUGGACACAGAUCUUAAUGGAAUAAUUGAUGAAGUAUGAUUUUUAUGAUUAUGAUAGAAUGAAUUCAGAAAUCUGAUUGAUGUUUUGAAUUUUGAUGCUGGAGACUUAGACAUUCAAAAAUACUUGAAUAUUGUUGAUCCCUAUAGUCAUCAAUAGAUCACAUUCUCAUAAUGUGUUACACUGUUUUCAUCUGAAUCCGUUCCAGGAUCGAAUGGAUAAAUGUAAAUACUCUAAAGAAUUUCAGAAUUAUGA